AUGUCUAGUAUUUAUACACGUGCACAAAUGCCAGAUGCUAAAGUGGGCUGUGCUAAAUGUGGAUAUGUUGGUCAUUUAACUUAUCAAUGUCGUAAUUUUCUUCAAACAGAUCCAUCCAAAGCUGUUGUACUUGACGUUAGUUCGACUAGUUCACCAUCGAGUGACGAUGAUAAUGAUACACCUCUUCAAUUACUUGCUCGAGAAGAAAUUAAUCGUGAAAAACAACAAGCAGAAAAAAAAGAAACAGAAACAAGUACAAAAUCUAAAAAACAUGAAAAAGCAAAACACAAACGACAUCGAUCACCAAGUACAAGUAGUCCAUCUGAAUCAGAAUCGGAAUCAAAAAAAUCUAAACGAAAACGUCAUCAUAAACAUCGACAUCAUUCAUCAAAAUCAAAAAAAUCUAAAAAAGAAUCAAAACAUCGUCGUCAUCAUUCCUAA